AUGGAGAGUUUCAAGGACGUCCUUCACCAAUAUCCAGAAAUGUUGUAUAGCGCUACAGCGUUUGUGGCCGGUGGCGCGCUCAUCUACAAGCUUGCUAGCAGGAAAAAGAAAAAGCCCCUGGAUGCUACAGUGAACUGCUGGUUCUGCAAUCAGGACACAAUAGUUCCAUAUGGAAAUAGAAACUGUUGGGAUUGUCCUAGCUGUGACCAGUACAAUGGCUUUCAGGAUAAUGGGGACUACAACAAACCAAUUCCGGCUCAGUACAGUGAGGAUCUGAACCAUGGGGUGUGUGGUAGCAUUCCUGCUCAAGUGACUCCUGGGACCAUGCAGUGGGUCAACUCCAAGAUGCUCCUUUGCAGAAAGUGCAAUCACAACCAGUCGACGAAAAUCAAGCUGCUAGCGUCCUUCAUUCCAAAGGAUGAUGGGAACUAUGACGAUGAGAUCGACGCUUACACGUGCCACUUGGAAGAACACUACAAGCUGUGCAGGCCAUGCCAAGCAGCUGUAGACUACUACAUCAAAUACCAGAACCGCCAACUGAGGACCGUGCUGCUCAGCAAUCAUCUCAGAUGUACCCAAGAGCCGCUGAAGGGUUUCAUAAAGGGCUCCCUCUCUGCGUCUUGUCCUCUGGCGGUCGUACUGCUCCGAUGCAUCUCCUUCUUCAUUUCUGCUUUUCUGCUCGCUAUUUCUUAUGCGGCUGACUUGUCGCCGCCAAGUAGCGUGCAGAAUCCCCCCCAACCUCGUGCCAACAUUGAGAGCGAUGGCGCCGCACAGACGUGGCAGAGCCUAAUGGGACUUCUCCCAGAUACCCUCAUACAGUACUGUAAGGUGUCAUGGCUCUUCGGACAAGCUAAUCAGAUGGCAGUCGUUAGUGUCGGACUGACGUCGUGUCUCAUUGGUGUCAUAUUAGCAGGAGCCGCCAGGUUGAGGAGAAUCGACAUUGUGUCUUCAGUACUUUGGUUUCUGGUCUUGUGCUGGCACCUAGUGGCAGCAUACGUCGGGGGUAAUACAUCCAGCUGGACCGCAGCACAUGUCAUCACAGUGCUCUGUUGCGUUGUCAGCUUUGCCGCCGCUGUAGCAACACGCAACCCCCUGAAUCAACGAAGAGGCAGAUAUCGAAGAAACUUCACGGAUUCCUCCAUGCGCUCCCUAAGCAACCAACCCGCUUUGCUUACUCCCGAAAUGAUCCGCUCCUUCAUCCCCACACCUCCUCCCAACAUCUUCAAGCUCAUAAACCACCAAAAGACUCCCUUAAAACCCAAGGGGAACCUCUCUUCUUUGCCGCGCCGUCUCAAGAACGCACUCUGCCUUGGAACUGUCUCCACCUUCACCAGGACAGAUUCAGGCUACUUGUUCAGUGGGAGCAGACCAGCCUCAGUCUACAAAGACUCCCCCCCCUCAGAUUACUUUUCAAUGAAGUCAUGGAGUCGCCCAUCAUCACCUGGGCUCUCGCCGGCCCCCUCAGUGGAUGGCUCUGCGACGUCCAGUUCUGGUUCAGAGAGACAAAUUCGCCCCCUCAUCAGUCCUGCACGUCUCAACCUGGGCAGCCCAAAACCCAAAAUGUACUCUAGUAAGCCAGAGUCCACCUUCAAAUUUGACUUCAAUAGACGAAGACAGCUGUAUGAAGGAGAAAGCGAGCAGCACGUCUGGGUCUUCAACAUCUCAGGUUGA